AUGAGCUCUCAGGCACAUCACUCUCUGUUGAUGUUCGACUACCCUCGAGAGGACGGAAGAGAAGAGCAAGAUUUGGAUGCAGACAAAGACGAGCUGAUGAAGAAGAUGUUUGCAACGAACAUUUCUCAUCAUCAAAAUAAAGGAGAAAAAGAAGAAGACAAAGAAGAAGAAGAAGACGAAAGGAAACGAAUGGAGGAGGAAAAGUUUGCCUGGGCGCUGGAAACGUCGCAAGGCUUGAGCGUGGGUGCGAGUGUUUCAAACGAGACGAAGAGGAAAGCGGCGACGUCGUCCAUCUCGUCGUUAUCUUUGAAGAGCAGUCAUCAGCACCAGCGAGUGCAACCGGGAGUGUCGAAACAACAACAUCAUCAUCAUCAUCAUCACACUACCACCACCACUGGAGCGGCAGUAGCAACAGGAACAUCCACGAAAGUCGACCAAGUGAUUAAAUCUAUACUGAAAUCGAACAAUAACGAUGAAAGCAACAAACCUCCUCCUUCGUCCACGCCGUCGAUAAACGUGCGAGAGCAAGCGGCGAGGACGUUGCGAGACCGACGAAGCGCGUUGCAAGUGGUUGAAAUGUUCAUGACUUUAGAUAAGUUUGACUCGGAAAGUCAUUUAGCCGCGUCGACGGCGUCGGUAUUAACCCAAAGUGAAUUCAAAGACGCGUGCGAAGAGAGGAGUUUAAUCGGAAAGUGUGGGUGGCCGUUGUGUUCGAACGAAAUCAAACGCGUGUACAAAUCGAAAGCGUCUCAAAAAUUGUUUAGCGAAGAGACGUAUUGUUGCGCGCAGCACAGAAUACAAUCGGAAGUUUUCGCGGAAUCGAAUUUGAAAGAAAAAGUGAACGAUAAGAAAGCUCUUCCACCGCGUUCGGACAGACACACGAAUUUCAGCGAAGCAACUAUGAACUCUCUCGAUAUCGUCGAGCGAAAAUUCGGAGAAGUCAAUUUCAAAACUUCCGACGAGGGGCCUUCGAUGCCCCCGACUUUACAAGCAGGAGCAGGAGCAGCAGUAGCAACAACAACAACGACGACGACGACUGAGAAAAUAGGAAAGAAGAAAAGUAGCAAUCAAAGGAUAAAGUGGAACAAAGAAAUAGACGACCGAGAAGAAAAAAAGACGACGAAGAAGGAGGAGGCGGGUAUUUUUUACUUUGACAUUCACGAAGAAGGCAUGAGAACGACCAACCGAAGCUCGUCAAAGUUCAUACCUUCCAUUGGUGGUAGAUUUGCAGAAGGCCAGUUAUCGACCAUACCCUUACGACCGGAUUCACCGAUGAUUAUAGGUACGAACGAUACGGAAGAUGUGAACGAUAUCGAACCAGAUGAAAACGCGGAAGAGGCAAACGACGACACGAAGAUGCAAUCCGCCGGGUCGUCCAUGAUUUUUGAAGACACGGCGAUUAACGAAGUAGACGAAAUAGAAAGACAAGCUAACGCGCAACGAGAACUGAUAAAGAAGACGCUCUUAGCCAAACCGAUCUAUUCUCCCGAGGAUGAUGACGACGGUGACGAGAACGACGAAAACGAAAGCGCAAAAGCGAAUCGACGCGCUCGUCGCAGUCACCAUAAAGAAGGAGAAGAAAGUGAAGAAGAAACCGAAGAAGAAGAGGAAGAAGGGGUUUUAGAAGAGGAUUUGUCGUUGUUCGCGAAAACGUGGAUGGUUUUAGAUUCCUGGGUGACGAAAAGCACGUUUAUGUUGGUUGAAAACGACCGAAACGGGUCGAUCGAGCACUAUCCGUAUCGAGAUUCCCGGAGCGCGCAGUUGGCGACGGGAACGUCCGAGGAGUUUUCCCAGAGCAUAAAUCGAAUCUUGGGAGGAGAAGGAGGAGGAGGAGAUAGGACGAGUAAUAAAAAGCUGCACUGCGAGAGAGACAUGGCGUUAAUCGUUCGCACGUUUGAUUUCGGCACGACUAUGAGUUUGCCGAAGUGGCCUACGAAGCGUUGGGAUUUCGUAACCGCUUUGAUUUUAGAUUUGGUUUGUGAAAGUUUCUCGUUUGACGAGGACUAUUAUUACGAGUUUAAAAGAAAUUCGUUGGAAGAGAAACAAAAAACGAGUAAAAGUGUUACUACUAAUAAGAUGGAACUCGGCGAAGAGAUUCGAUUGUUGCGAGAGUUGUUUCGCGGUAAAUGCGUUUAA